GCGCCGCGGAAGAGGGAAGCGGCGGGGCGGCGAUUGCGGCUGAAGCGGCGGCUGGGACAGCGGCAUGGCGGUGCAGGGCUCGGCGGGGGACGCGGCGCUGAGGCGCGAGGCCGAGCGGUGGCUGCAGUGGGACAAGAAUCCCAAAACUUCUGCAAUAGUGAAGGAACUAGUUGCUGAAGGAAAUGUGGGAGAACUACAGAAAUACUUUGGCUCACGAAUGGAAUUUGGCACAGCUGGGCUGAGAGCUGCCAUGGGAGCAGGAAUUUCUCACAUGAAUGACUUGACUAUUAUCCAGACAACUCAGGGAUUUUGCAGAUACCUUGAGAAGAAUUUCAGUGACCUAAAAAAGAGAGGAGUUGUGAUUGGAUUUGAUGCUCGUGCCCACCUUUCAAGUGGAGGUAGUAGCAAAAGGUUUGCAAGACUCGCUGCUAAUACAUUCAUCAGUCAGGGAGUUCCAGUUUAUCUCUUCUCUGACGUAACACCAACACCUUUUGUGCCGUAUACGGUAACUCAUCUGAAGCUUUGCGCUGGAAUUAUGGUUACAGCUUCCCAUAAUCCAAAGCAAGAUAAUGGUUACAAGGUUUACUGGGAAAAUGGUGCUCAGAUAAUUUCCCCUCAUGACAAAGGAAUUUCUCAGGCCAUUGAGGAGAAUAAGGAGCCGUGGCCUCAGGCUUGGGACGAUAAACAAAUUGACAGCAGUGCGCUACUCCAUGACCCGUAUGCCACUAUCAAUAAGGAAUAUUUCAAAGACAUACAGAAACAAUGCUUUCACAGGAAAAUAAACAAGGAAACAAACCUGAAAUUUGUUCAUACUUCUGUGCAUGGUGUAGGUCAUAAAUUUGUGCAGCUGGCCUUCAAGGCAUUUGAUCUUAGACCUCCUUUUGCUGUUCCAGAGCAGAAGGAUCCUGAUCCAGAAUUUCCCACAGUGAAGUAUCCAAAUCCUGAAGAAGGCAAAGGUGUUCUGACCUUAUCUUUUGCUCUGGCUGAAAGAGAUGGGGCAAAAAUCAUUUUAGCAAAUGAUCCAGAUGCUGAUCGACUUGCAGUGGCAGAGAAACAAGAAAGUGGUGAAUGGAAGGUAUUUUCUGGAAAUGAGCUGGGAGCUCUGUUAGGUUGGUGGAUCUUCACUUGCUGGAAAAAUCAAAAUAGGGAUGCUUGUGCCAUUAAAGAUGUCUACAUGUUAUCAAGCACAGUUUCUUCCAAAAUCCUGAGAGCAAUUGCACUAAAGGAAGGUUUUCACUUUGAGGAGACGCUGACAGGUUUUAAGUGGAUGGGGAACCGUGCCAAGCAGCUCAUGGAUCAAGGGAAGGCUGUUCUUUUUGCAUUUGAAGAGGCGAUAGGGUAUAUGUGCUGCCCUGCGGUUCUGGACAAAGAUGGUGUCAGUGCUGCCGUUAUAACUGCAGAGAUGGCUAGCUUUUUGGCAACCAGGAAUUUGUCUUUGUCUCAGCAGCUGAAGGCUGUCUAUGAUGAAUAUGGCUUCCAUAUCACCAAAGCUUCAUAUUUCAUCUGCCAUGAUCCUGAAGUGAUUCAGCAGCUUUUUGACAACCUUAGGAAUUACGAUGGAAAAGACACGUAUCCGAAAUCGUGUGGUAGAUUUAAAGUUUCUGGAAUAAGGGAUCUAACUACUGGGUAUGACAGCAGCCAGCCAGAUCAGAAAGCAAUACUUCCUACUAGUAAAAGUAGCCAAAUGAUUACAUUCACUUUUGCUAAUGGAGGAGUGGCCACAAUGCGAACCAGUGGAACAGAACCAAAAAUCAAAUACUAUUCGGAACUCUGUGCACCUCCUGGAAACAGUGACAUUGAGCAGCUGAAGAAAGAACUGGAUGAAUUGGUCAGUGCUCUUGAAAAGCACUUCUUUCAACCAGAGAAAAACAAUCUUCAACGAAAGACUGAGUAAAAUAGAACAAUUACUACCUUCAUUGUUUUUGAUGUUUUGGCAGCAUUAAAAAUGCAUUAUUUAACACGUAAGGAUUUUUAGGACCAAACAUCUGAGAACUCAGACUAAAAAAGACUUGUGCUUUUAUUAAGAUUCAUUCUAUAUACUGUUGAAUUUAGUAUCUUGUUUUGAAAGGAAAGCAUGCCUACCCUUGAAGGACCAAAAAAAGCCAGUGACCUUACAAUCUGAAAGUUGCCUGCUAAUGUACUUCAAUCAAAACUUGUUUAAUUAAAUAUUCCAAGUAAUAUCCUGA